CGCCUCUGCUAGCUGGCUAAUCUCGCGAGAUCGUCCAGCAACCUCCCAGUUUGAACGCGAGUUCGUACAUUAGGUGUCAUCUUUAUGGGACAACUUUUUACUUCAGCACAAGCAAGCAGUUAGCUAGCUCGCAAGUUGUUUCAAAACAUGGCAACGUCUAAGAAGGGGAAGAAAGUCGUAAACCAAGAGGAACUGCGGCGCUUGAUGAGAGAAAAACAAAGACAAACGACAGACAAGAAGCGCGUCGAGUCUCCUUUUGCUAAAUACAACAGUGUCGGGCACCUCAGCUGUGUACUCUGCAGUGUGCAGGUGAAGUCCGAGCUGCUGUGGCCGGCUCAUGUCCUCGGAAAACAACACAAAGACAAGGUUGCCGAGCUAAAGGGAGCAAAGAGUCAACCAGCGACUCUACAGAACCAACCAGUGAAGAGGAAAGCAUUGGACAGCGAGGAGGUUAACGGGAAAAAGGCAAAACCAGCGCCGGUUACAGGCCAGUCUGCGUCAGGGCUGCCAGGAGAUUCUCUUGAGAAACCCAGCGAAAAGGAAGCUCUCGCUGCUCAUAAGUCUGCAGGCUUGAGUCUCUUGGCUGGAGUCUAUGAUGAGGAUGAUGAUGAUGAAGCGGAUGCUGAAGAGGUAGGUCAGGCAGGAACCACAAAUCCCCCUCCUCAGAGGGCUGAAGCUGCGGGACUACCGGCUGAUUUCUUCGACAGCUCCAUCCCACCCACACCUGCCAUCUCCCACUCUGGAUCCAUACUCAAAGCAGAUGUGCAGGAGAAAAGCACAGAAAAGAAAGAAAACACAGCCGAAGCGCUGCCGGAGGGCUUCUUCGACGAUCCAAUAAGAGAUGCCAAAGUGCGCAACGUUGACGCACCCAAAGAUCAAAUGGACAAGGAGUGGGAAGAGUUUCAGAAGGAGAUACGACAGGUGAACACAAAAUCAGAGGCCAUUGUAGCUGAGGAAGACGAGGAGGGCCGGCUUGAACGUCAGAUCGACGAAAUCGAUGAACAAAUUGAGUGUUACAAGAGGGUUGAGCUGCUGAGAGACAAGCGCGAUGUGGUGAAGAGCAAGCCUCUGUCCAGGAAGGAGGAACAAAUGGAGACUGAUGGCAAUAUUGAGGAGGAAGAGGAGGAUGAAGAGGAGCUGCUGGGGCUUUUGUCCCGGGACUGGAGGGCUAAAGGGGCAUUGUCAUAAAUUUCUGAGAGAAAUUAAUUUGUCCAGAAUGUUGUUAAAACGUUUAAGAGAGGGGUUUUUGUGUAGAAGUAUGUCAGAAAUCUGUAAAUAUGUUUGUUAAAAAAAUCCUCAUUGCGUCUUUUUGUACAGUUCAGACUGGAUUAAAUAUGGUGAAGUGACUAGCAACAUUCUAGUAAAACAUUAACUACCAACAGAA